AUGAAAAUUCCUCAGCUUUUGUUGUUUUUUCUUCUUUUUAUUUGUUCAUCAAAUUACUCCAUAGCCAAAAAGUCUCUUAGGCAUUACCCUCUUCUUAUUCUUCCAGUGUUCAAAGAUGAAAUUACAAAACAAUAUGUUACUCAAAUAUACCAAAGAACCCCUCUUGUCCCUGUCAAUUUAACCGUCGACCUCGGCGGACGAUUUCUAUGGAUGGAUUGUGAAAAUGGGUACAUUAGUUCAUCUUACAAAAAUGUUCCAUGUGGUUCAAGACCAUGCAAACUCUCAGGUUCACAAGGGUGCUAUGGAUCUAGUUGCCCUGUUCCUCCUAGGCCAGGGUGCAACAAUAACACAUGUUCACAUAUUCCAUAUAACCCUAUUAAUAGAACUAGCACUGAUGGUGAACUUGCUCAAGAUGUUAUUGCUUUAUGGUCCACUAAUAAUUAUAGAAAUGACUCCAAAAUUUUAUCAUCAUCAGCUAAUGGGGUAAUGUUUAGUUGUUCUGAUGAUUUGUUGUUACAAAAAUUAGCCUAUGGAGUUAAAGGUAUGGCUGGACUUGGAAAUGGUUACACUGGGCUUCCUUCACAAUUAGCUAGAGUUUUUCGUUUGCCUCGAAAAUUCACUAUUUGUUUGAGUGCUAAUACUCAAUCAAAUGGUGUAAUUUUGUUUGGUGAAGGAAGAUCUACUUAUGAGGUACUAACUUACACUCCUCUGCUCAAAAAUCCUGUUAGUACCGCGGGGGCUUAUUAUCCUGGUGAGCCAUCGGUUGAAUAUUUUAUUGGAGUCGAAAAAAUCUUAGUCAAUGGGAAAAAUGUACCUAUUGAUAGUAAGUUACUAGCUAUUAAUAAGAGUACUGGAGUUGGAGGAACAAAGAUUAGCACUGUUGUUCCUUAUGGUACAAUGGAGACUUCGAUUUACAAGGCUUUUAAGCACGAGUUUCUUAAAGCUAUAGAUAAAGUUCCAAUAGCAAAACCAAUUAGGCCAUUUGAGUUGUGCUUUAACUCGUCGAAUUUGGCUACUUUAACUGGCCUAAUAAUUCCUCAAGUUAGUCUUGUUUUGCAAGGUGAUCAAAAUAAUACAACUUGGGAUCUUUCUAUGGACAAUUUUAUGGCAUCUCCUAUUGAUAGUAGUGAUUUGUUGUGUCUUGGAUUUUUGGAUGGCGGUAAAAAUUCUGAAACGUCGAUUGUUCUUGGAGGGAUACAAAUUGAAGAGAACCUAUUGGAAUUUGAUCUUGUGAAGAAAAGAAUGGGAUUUAAGUCUUUGUACAUGUCAUCCCUACUCAAAUGCAGCAACAAAUUCAGCUAAAAUUGUUGUGAUGUUACAUGAUAUUAUGCUAAGGCUAGAAUGAUGAAACUUAUGAUCCCCUUUUGUUUUCCAGGUUUUAAGUUAAUGCUACUUUACUUUAGUCUUUAAGAU